AGGAGGCUGGGCCAUGGGUCGGGGCUCGGGGACUCGGGCUUGGCGCUGGCCUGGUCCCCAUGCCCGGGAGCCACUCCACCUCCGCGGGACCUCGGAACCUCGCUGCAACCCUCUUCUCCCCGGAAACGUGCGCCUCCCGGGUUGCCUGGAAACGAUGCCCCCGGUUGCAUAGCAACGAGGAUCCGGGUCCCGGGUUUGUUUCGCCCGCUGGGCGCGCAGACCCCUCCCCACUCGGACUCUCCAGGCCUCGCGGCUCUGCCUGGUGCCGCCUGCAGCGGCUGCUGUCUCCCCUUCCCGUGCGCUGCCCUGCAUUCCGACCUCGGCCCGCACUCACCUUUCUCAGGCCACUGCUAUCCUUCACUUGCGACUUCGCUGAAACGCGCCACCAAACCCGCGCCUCAACUCGGGGCGUUGGUUUACCUUCUCCGCAUGCGCAAGGCGGGAUGAGCUCGGAGACUAGCCGGCCUUCCUCACAAUCGAAGCCUGUGCCGGGAGCGCAUGCGUCCCGCUUUAUCUAUUGCGUUUCUUUUUCCCCCCAACAAGCAUUCCCACCGAGAGAAGAAUGGGAUCGGAAGUUCCAGCAGGGAACGGAAGUCUCUGGCUGGAAAGGGGAAAUAAGUAACUAUAUCUGGGCUGUAGAGUGGGUAAACUGGAUCUUUGAAAUCGGAGUGGAAGCUAAUCCCCCUCUUGCCACCGCUCGGCAUUUUGGUUGAAUGUUGCCUUUUCCUAAGCCACCCAUGGCUCUGCCCUGCCUCAUCCUGUGCCUAGAAAGACCCCAGAGUCAUCUGGCAGAGAGGAGAAGCAGCUGGAUGAGGGGACGACCAUGGCCGGAUGUCAGAGAGAAGCAGCUUGUCUUCAGAGGGACAGCUUGAGGCAUAACUUCUGAGACGAAUCUGGCUGGAGAUAGCUGGACUUCAGGGGAAGACUACAUACCCGCCUGUCCCACCCGCCGCUUUUCAGCUCCCCUUCCCUCUGAAAUCCACUUUGAUCAGCAAUAAAAUCCCAGGCAUUUGUCCUUUAA